CAUCUCAUCUCGCUCCUCUGCUCCUCCUUUUUAUCCUCCUCCGCUCGCUUCUCUUGAUUCGUUCCGAUGCGGGACGACGGGUGUUUCCAUUCUUGGUUCUGGCCGCCGCCGCCGGAUGCGCGACGACGGAUAAGUUGCCAGGAGGCUUAUCCGAAUUCCACCGGCUUGGGUUGGGUUGGGUUGGGUUGGGUCGGGGGAGUGGAGACGGAGAGCGAGUGCUGCGGGGAUCUCGCUCGUGCGGCGUACGUCGUCGCUAGCCGUUGCCGGCGGCGGGGGGGAGAGUCCCGGCCGGUCGCUGUUAAGACCGGCCGCCGCGGGUCAGGGCGCGAUAUCCGUCGAAUUCGACCGGCGAGGCGAGGAGACGGCGUCUGCUACUGCUUUGCUUUGCUCCGACGGCGGCGGCGGCGGGCGCCGGAGGAUUUCCUGCCUCUCUUCCUCGGCCCGGUUGCACUGUUCUAGCUAGAGCAUCAUCUCCUUUUCACUGUUCUGCUGUGUGUUCCAUUGAUUGAUUCAGGUUAGUGCGUGUCGAACAAACUGUCAAUUGACUGUACUGUACUAAUCUGUCAGCCGCUGCUACCACCAUCACUAUGCCGUGAACCCGGAGAAAAGUCGUUGAUUGGUUCGAUCCUGCUCAGUAGCAGUAGCAGUAAUUGCUUCAGUUCCUGGUAGAGUACUCUUAAUGAUCACGAUCCGUCUGUUCUUCUGAGCAUCCGGCGCGUGGCAACAAAAGAAGCUAUGAGCGGCAUGGGAUCGCGGCCGGGGGAGAGCAACCUGGUGGAGCCAAGAGGGCUGCCGUCCGGCGGCAUGGCGAUGCAGCCCUGGUGGACGGGGUCCGGGUUCGGGGCCGUGUCUCCGGCCGUCGUCGCGCCGGGAAGCGCCGCGGGGAUCAGCCUGUCGAGCAACCCGCUCGGCGGCGGCGCGGCCAAGGGCGCGGCGCAGGGGAAGAAGAAGAAGAAGAAGACGGUCGACGACGACGACGACGCGCGGGGCGAGAGCAGCGACGACGACUCGCCGAGAUCAGGGGAACCAAAAGAUGGAAGCUUUGAUGAAGAGAAGCAACAUGCUGCAUCCCGGAUGCCUGCUUUGGCGUCGGACUAUUUACCACCAUACUCACAGCUGGAACUAAGCCAACCAAUGGCUUCGGCACCGUACCCGUACCCUGAUGCUUACUACGCAGGCAUGGUUGGCCCCUAUGGCGCUCAAGCAGUGGCUCACUUCCAGCUACCGGGGCUGACCCACUCGCGCAUGCCGCUGCCUCUGGAAGUGUCGGAGGAGCCGGUGUACGUGAACGCGAAGCAGUACCAUGGCAUCUUGAGACGGAGGCAGUCGCGCGCCAAGGCCGAGCUCGAGAGGAAGGCGAUCAAGGCCAGGAAGCCUUACCUCCACGAGUCCCGGCACCAGCACGCGAUGCGGCGGGCGAGGGGCACCGGCGGCCGCUUCCUCAACACGAAGAAGGACGAGCACGGCGGCGGCGGAGCCGAGGCGGGCAAAGGCGAGCAGAGCGCCUCCGACUACCUCCGGGUGGUGCCGCCGGACCUGCAUCUCCGUCAGGCGUGAAGUGGCAGCACCUUGAUGCAACCUAGAACAGCGGCUCCUCCUGGCCGCCGGCCGUCGUGCCACGUCGCCACGGCGUGGGGGCUGGUCGGGGAUUCAGGGCCUGCUGCUGUGUCCAGGCAAUUCAUUCUUGGCUUUCGCGUUCUGUUAUCACCCCUCUUGUGUUGGAUGUGUGCGAGUGGAGAAGAACUAGCAGGCUGUGCGCGUGUGAGAUUGAUUGUCAGACUCGGGAUGGAUGGCGUGUGUUUGUAUACUGCGGUAGAGUGGGAUUUGGCUUGAUUUUGAUAAUUGGGUACUGCACAGAA